AUGGAUGGAAUGAUUGAAGAACCAUCGGAAAGAACGACAUUAUUGUCGGAUAAUCCGUAUGGCAAUGAUUCUGUUGGUGAUGGGGAAAGUAGAGCGGGCAGUAGGAAUUCUGUGAUUGGUAAGAAAUCGAAAUCGAUAGCACAAACGUUGGGACCGGGAAUGGUUCCUCAACGAUCCAGUCGUACUUCUCAGAAGUUGAAAUUGUUGCCAGAAUCGUUAAAUUAUGAGUCGGAAGUUGGCGAUGCCAAACAGCUGUCUCUACAGAGGAUUAAAGAUACUCCGGCCAGGAAAGAUGCAGAAAGAUUAGGAAAGAAGCAGAGAUCGAUUCUUCCUAGAGUUACGGCUUACUGUACGGCUGGUUCGUACCGGAUGCGUGAUCUUAUAAGAUGGUUACAGGAUAAGAAGCGUAUUCAUUCAACAGCACCUAAACUAUUCGAUGAGUGUAUAUAUACACCUUUUGCAUACAAGGAUUGGAGGCACAGUAAUGGAGCCCAGGAUAUACUUCGAAAUAUCGGACAGAAGAAGAAGGAGGAUAAUGCGGUCAUGGAUAACAAGAUUAUUAGGUUUGAUGAUGAAGGAGGUGAGAUUGAUCUUGGAAAGCUUUCUACGGACUUAUUUAUCUUUGAAUACGGAGUGCUGGUGAUGUGGGGGUUCAGUAAGAAGGAAGAGGGUGCAUUUUUAGAGGAUUUGGCUCGUUUUGAGAACGAGAAACUAUCUGAUGAAGACGUCCAGGCCGAGGAGUUUAAUUAUUAUGUGACCCAGAGUUACCAGCCUCGAAUCUAUAAUGAUUUCAUCUCGUUGAGAGACGAUUCCAACUAUAUGACCAAGCUCAGCAUAUCAUAUGCAAUUUCACAGUCGGUUAAAAUCUCAUUGUUUGAAGAGUUGGUGGAUAAUACCAUUGAAGAUACUCAAGACAUUCCUCAACAGAUUUCGCAGACUGGUAAAGUGGAAAUGGCUAAGGGUGAAAUCAUGAAAUCCAUAGGUGAAUUAUUCAUCCUACGAAUCAAUAUUAAUCUGCACGGAGCCAUUUUAGAUUCUCCCGAGUUGAUGUGGUCAGAACCUCAAUUAGAGCCUAUAUAUCAGGCCACGAGAGGUUAUUUGGAGAUCAAUCAGAGAGUGACUCUAUUAAAUCAGCGGUUAGAAGUGAUUGCCGAUUUACUACAGAUGUUGAAGGAACAGCUUACGCACAACGAUGACGAACAGUUGGAACUUAUAGUGAUCGUACUCAUUGCAGCUGAAGUACUGGUGUCGCUUAUCAACAUAAUAGUGGAUCUCAUAGCAGGUAAGAAGAGAUGA